AUGUACUAUCUUGCACCGUACCACUAGAGCCAGCGGGAGGGAGGACCGGAGGAGGGAGGACUCCAGUGCCCGUGGCAGUGAACGGGAAAUUUUCCCGUGGCUGUUAUUGGUCGCAAGUGUGAGACAGUCACACAUGUAUUAGCACAAAAUCUUCGGUAAGACCUGAACCACGUCAAAGUUCACCCACCGCGUGGCGCUCGAGUUCCCCGUCCUCGCCGGCGCCGGCCACCGCGCGCAUCCAGCUAGCCAUGUCCAGGUACGGAACCAUCCCCGCCUCGUCCUCCACCCCGGCGCCCAAGGGCUCGCCCACCGCGCUGGACUCCACCUCCAGCAGCGCUAACGCCACCGGCGCGUCUCCGGCGGCCGCGCGCCGCCCCUGGCGCGAGUUCGCGGACCCGCGCGCGCUCUCCACCCCGCGGGGUCUCGCCGACGCCCGCCACCGCGCGCGCGCCAACCUAGCGCGCUUCGCCGCGAACUACGGGCUCGUCUCCCUCGCCGUCUUCUCGGCCUUCCUGCUCUGGUAGCCCAUCCUCCUGCCCGUGGCCGUCUUCUUGUUCUUCGCGCGCGCCUGGUGAUGCCCUCCGCUUGGUCCCGAUAUUCACGCCCCUCGUGCUGGUGGUCACCCGCGGCGCGGCGGGCGUCGUCGUCUUGCUGCUCCCCGGGGCCCUCUUCGUCGCGGUCCACGCCGUGCUGCACCUCCCCGCGGACGGCAGCGCCGACGACGAGGAGGCCAGGCUGUGCUCCAAGCCCGAACCGCCGCCGGCAAAACUAGCGCCGGCCGUUCCUCGUCGACCUUAUUGGCUCUCUGUUAGUUGAUGUUAUUGUUGCAGGUGUUCUUUUAAAAAAAUAGUUGCAGGUGUUCUUGAUCCGUUUGUGGACUUGCUCAGAGACAAAAUGUCCUUAAAAAUAUGUGCUCUUUGUCCUCCUUCCCGUGCUCGCGCUCGUCGUUCGUGCUGGUGGUCACCCGCGGCGCGGCGGGCGUCGUCGUCUUGCUGCUCCCCGGGGCCCUCUUCGUCGCGGUCCACGCCGUGCUGCACCUCCCCGCGGACGGCAGCGCCGACGACGAGGAGGCCAGGCUGUGCUCCAAGCCCGAACCGCCGCCGGCAAAACUAGCGCCGGCCGUUCCUCGUCGACCUUAUUGGCUCUCUGUUAGUUGAUGUUAUUGUUGCAGGUGUUCUUUUAAAAAAAUAGUUGCAGGUGUUCUUGAUCCGUUUGUGGACUUGCUCAGAGACAAAAUGUCCUUAAUUAGAUAGAUUUGCUAUUGGCAGACCUAGACUACGGG